CCUGCCCGAGCCCGGCUAUCACGUGACCGCCCAGGCGGGCCUGAGGGUGGAAUUGUCUCGUGUGGCGCGUGCGCAGUGGAGGCGGGCGCUGAAAUUCAAAAUCCAAAGAGCGGUUUGGGGUGGUGGUUUAGCCACUCCCGGAGCAGCGCGAGAAGGGACGGAGCGGGGGGCCGCCGGGCAGCAGCAGCAAUGGACCCCUUCACCGAGAAACUUCUUGAACGAACCCGUGCCAGGCGAGAGAACUUGCAGAAGAAAAUGGCUGAGCGACCCACAGCAGGAAUGAGGCCCACGAUGCAGACAAAGAGAGCUAGAGAACCUUUGUCAGAAACUAGUAACCGGUCACCUUUGCCCAGUGAAGAAGUGAAACCUAGUACAAAGCCAUCCCCAUCGAAAAGGCUCUGUCCUGACAGCAUGGAGGUUCCUGUUUCUAGUUCAGAGAAUAGACAGCCAGUUAAUUCAACGUCCAUGAAACAUCUUCCUACUGAGAUGGCUGAACAGCCACAAGCAACUGCAAAUAACAGGGCUCCCUCAGUUCAGCCUGUUCCACUGCUUGUUGAGAAGGAAGAGCAGAAUUUGAAAUCUGAAGUACCUGUAGCCCUUACAGUCAAAACACGUAUGCAGAAACUGGCACAACAGCGACGUUGCUGGGAUGAUAAUGAUCCAUCUGAAAGUUCUCCCCUACCUCCACUCCUGUCAAAAGAACAGGCUGUUUCCCCACCCAAACAGCCAUCUCUCGCAAGUGAUACCCCAGUUGGGAGAAAAGGCCGUUUAGCUAACCUUGCUGCUACAAUUGGUUCCUGGGAAAAUGAUCUAAGUCAUCCAUCUGCAAAGCAAAACAAUACACAAGAACAGCCUGGCACUACUUGUUUAUCCAAAUUGUCCACUACAAGUGAAGCAUCUGCUCGCAUCAAUAGCGGCAGUGUAAAGCAGGAAGCUGCAUCCUGUUCUCAAAGGGCUGUUGAGGUAUCUGUAAAUAAAUCAGCAACCUCCAAGAUAUUGGGACCAAAUUACUUAGCAAAAUCCUCUAGAGUAACCAGUCCCAGUCCUAAGGAACCUGAGGUACCACAACUAUUAAAAAAGAAGCCCUGCAGCCCCCAGAAAACAGAGGAACUUAAGCCAACAGUAAAACCAAUCUUAUCCCAACCAGUUCAGUCCAAAGAAGAGCCAAUCAAAAGAACACAUGUGCAACUUGAAUGUAAGGAUAAGCCUACAACACCAGGGGGAUCAGGAAUCAAACCCUUUCUGGAACGUUUUGGAGAACGCCUUCAAGAGCAUAGCACUCAAAGUCCUGCUACAACUACUACUGGAUACAGAACACCCAUUAUUACCCCAAACACAAAGACAAUCCAGGAAAGACUUUUCAAACAGAAUGAAACAUCCUCCACUGCCAGCCUAGCACAACAGCUCAAGCAGGAACGUGAAAAGGAACUUGCUUGUAUUCGUGGCCGGUUUGACAAGGGCAGUCUGUGGAGUGCUGAGAGAGGUGAAAAUUCAAAAAGCAAACAUCCAGAAAUUAAAAUGGAAAGCCAAGCUCAAGCUAGUUCAAAACAGCUCUCUAGUUCAGAUGCUACUUCGCUUGUAGCAGCAGAAAAGACCACAGAAUCUGAGAUACCAGUAAAAUCUCUCUCCUCAGAAUCUUCAGAUGCUUCAAAAUGUCAAGAGACUGAAAAGCUCAGUCCUCUGAAGACCACGUUGCUAAAGAAUCCACUAAAAGUAGUAUCUGUCUCAAAGCUUGAGCAAUUUACAGAGAACGAGAAUGAUGCAGUAUGUGAAAUUGAGAUGAGUGUGAAUGAUAAAAUGAAUAGCUCAAAGGUAAUAAAUGACAUCUUUGAUGAAGUUCUUCAAGAGGAUGGACCAGACAUAGAAAAACUAAAGAAAGAAAUGAGUAUGAACCUGGAAGCUGAGAGUGAUGAUGAGCAGGAAGAGUCACUGAAUAUUUCAUCAAUGUCUCUGCUAACGCCAUUAGCAGAGUCUGUUGGUGUUGUAAGUCCAGAGGUUUUUGUUUCCCCUAGUAGGUCAGUUGCUGAGAGCAGCAGUAUAAGUGAUGAAAGUCCAAAGUCUGGCAAAUUCCAAAGGACACGGGUCCCUAGAGCAGAAUCUGGAGACAGUAUUGGCUCCUUGUCAGAAGAUCACAACCUUUUAUAUAGCAUUGAUGCUUAUCGAUCUCAAAGAUUUAAAGAAACAGAUCGUCCUUCAAUAAAGCAAGUGAUCGUUCGCAAAGAAGAUGUUGCUUCUAAACUAGCAGUAAAAAGGAAUGGAACUUCUGAUCAAGUUAAUAUUAAACAGAAAAUGCAGGAGCUGAAUAAUGAGAUCAGUUUGCAGCAGACUGUGAUUCAUCAGGCCAGCCAAGCUCUGAACUGCUGUAUUGAUGAGGAACAUGGAAAAGGGUCACAAGAAGAAGCUGAAGCAGAGAGACUUCUCCUUCUUGCAACUGAAAAGAGAAAAGCUUUGCUUGAAGAGCUCAACAAAUUGAAAAACGAGGGACCUCAGGGCAAAAAAAAUAAAGCUGCUUCUACGCCCCGUGAAUUUGCUCCGUCCAGGGGAUCUGUUACUCUUUCAGAAAUGCGACUACCUCUGAAAGCAGACUUUGUCUGCAGUACAGUUCAGAAACCAGAAGCAACUAACUACUACUACAUAAUAUUGUUGAGAUCGGGAGCAGAAAACAUGGUAGCAACUCCCGUAGCAAGCACUGCAAAUUCCCUAAAUGGAGAUGCUCUUACUUUUACUACAACGUUUACUCUGCAAGAUGUGUCCAAUGACUUUGAAAUAAAUGUUGAAGUUUACCAUUUGGUACAGAGGAAAGAAGGCACAGGCACUACUGAUAAGAGGAAAAAGGCAAAUAAGUCAAAGGUUAUUACUCCAAAGAGAUUAUUGACAUCUAUUACUACUAAAAGCACCCUUCUUACGCCAGUCAUGGCCAGUCCAAGUGGCCCCAAUGCCGUGCGCACUAGUAACUUUGUACUUGUUGGAUCUCACAAGAUUUCCCUGUCUUCAGUAGGAAACUCCAAAUUUACUUUGGACAAGAUAAAUUAUGGAGGGAAGGAAAGAGAGCUACUGGACUUUAUGUUCCAGGACAAGGUUCCCUUUUUGUCUCCUUUGGAAGGCCAUAUACAUCUAAAACUAAAAUGUCAAGUAGACUCCUUUGUGGAGGAAAAAGGAUUUUUGACAAUGUUUGAAGAUGUUAGUGGAUUUGGGGCUUGGCAUCGGCGCUGGUGUGUACUUUCUGGAAACUGCAUCUCUUAUUGGACAUAUCCAGAUGAUGAAAAGCGAAAGCAUCCUAUGGGCCGGAUAAACUUGGCUAACUGCACUAAUCGUCAGAUUGAACCAGCCAACAGAGAGUUCUGUGCCCGACCCAACACUUUUGAGCUAAUCACUGUCCGACCUCAGAGGGAAGAUGAUAAAGAGACUCUGGUCAGCCAAUGUAAAGACACUCUCUGUGUUACCAAGAACUGGUUAUCUGCUGAUACUAAAGAAGAGCGUAACCUUUGGAUGCAAAAACUCAACCAAGUUCUUGUUGACCUUCGUAUGUGGCAGCCUGAUGCAUGCUAUAAACCUAUUGGAAAGCCUUGAAACUAUGAGGAAAAUUGCCAUGAGAUUUUAUGUACAAGAAAACAAACACAAACUACAUUAUAAAUCCUUAUAUAUAGGAUUGUCUGAGGGCCUCUGGGUUACUUAUUAUACUUCAUGCUUUAAAUCUGGAAGAGUAUGUGCCAUUCAUUAUACAGGACUAUAUUAUGCAGUAUUUCUCUGUUAGAAUUUUAACUGAUCUUUUUUUUCCUAGCAUUAAUGAGUGUGAUAGGAAGCAAUUAAGUUCUUUGUGCUAAAUAUUAAUAUAAACUUCCACUUUUUGGAAAUCUAUACAGCUUAGUAUGUUCUCUUAAAAUACCAGUUUAUUCUGAAACAGCUAAAUCAGGACUUAGGUUUAUCACAGGAAAUCAGAAAUUUCUUGUAAACCACAAGUGUACUAGUUAACUGCAUUUUCCUUAAGGGAACAGCAACUCAUCAGAGUACACAUAGUUUACUAGGUAGGGUGCUGAAGCAGGACGGAACUUCAAUGCUUUGAGGUUGUUAGUAAUUCUUCCUUAGGCAGAAAAGUUGCCAGUUUUGUGCACUUUACAGAGCGCAGUAUAAACUUUCACUUGUGGAAACUACUUGUGGUCAGAACAAAAAAUGUACAGAUACAUCCAUAACUGUUUCUUACAUUCUUAAUCUUGUCUGCCAUUUCUUAUGGACAAGUGCAUGGCACACGCUAUGUGGUUUACAGGAGUUGAAUUAUGUAUGCGGUAUGUUGCACAUUUUCAUAGAAAUAAAAUGUCUUGAAUAUUUUACUAGGGUUUAUAAAUUUAGUUUCAAACUGCCCUAAUUGUGGUUCCUGAAUCUCAUGAUUUGUACAGACUGUAAUUCUCACAUUGUAAAAUUUUGAUUUUUUUAUAAAACUCAACAAAGCUGCUAUAUACCAACUAAUACUUUUAUGGCCAUAAGUAAUACCAUACAGCUGGCUGUAAGUGCAGGUAAAACUCUCUACUUCAAGCCAUCAGUAAAAUGGCAGAACUACUCAGUUAAAGUCCAAAUAUGAAAUGUUCACAAGCUUUCCACUGCGCUUAGUAUAAAGUACUAUAGCAUUUUAAAUUGCUAUAGGCUGUUACAUUUUCACACUUGAAACACUAAAUUCUGUCACCUAUACCUUUUUCAUCCUGUCAUUUUGUACUAUCGCUCUUGAAUCUAGCUUUUUUUUUUGCAGGGGGGGGGGUCUUUAAAUAUUUCAGAUUCAUGUAUUAAGAUUUAUUUUAUUUCCUUUAUGUAAAGAAUAAAAACACUGAGUAAGCUUCUCA